AGAUGUCUGCUUCAUCUGAAUCCUCAGAAAAAGAAGUGCAACAGCCAGGUCAAAUAAUUCGACCAUUCGUAAAACUUGGGGAUGUUCCUGCAAUAGUAAAGAAGAUUUAUGGUCUUACUACUUUAUCUGUCAAGGAGUUCAGCAGCUACAGUGACAAAAAUUUCUAUAUACAGGUAAAGUCAACAAUAAAUAAUCCACAUAUUAAAGAACUUUGUCCAAGUGGAUACGUGUUGAAGAUUGUUAACUCUCUGGACAGUAAAAGUGAGAAUUUUAUCAAGGCACAGAAUCAGAUGAUGUUUUUUCUCCAUGCUCGUGGCUUCAGGGUUCCUAAGCCAGAGAAGAACAUUCACGGAACUUACAUGACGCUAGAGAAGAUCAACGUAUCGUCUGAUGAAUCUGUUCAGAAUAACGCUAAUGAAGAGCCAAGUGGUCGUUACAUGGUGAAGUUGUUAACAUUCAUUGAAGGCAAGAUCCUACACCAAGUUCCAUUCACUAAAGAACUUUUUUUUGAAUGUGGAGCAUACCUGGGAAAGUUAGAUAAUGAACUUAAGGAUUUUUGUAAUGAAGAUUUAAAGUCAAGAAAAUGUCUGUGGAGUCUGGAAAGCAUUCCUCAAUUGACAAAAUUUGUUUAUGCUGUAAAGAAUGAGAAACAAAUUAAUCUGGUCCAAGAAAUUUUAGCCGCAUGGAAUCUGAAUGUCAUCCCAGAAAUUCACAGGCUAGAGAAAGGUGUUAUACAUGGUGACUUUAAUGAUCAAAACAUUAUUGUCAACACCAAGUCGGGUGACCCCACCACCUUCCACAUUGAUGGUCUUCUGGAUUUUGGAAACAUACAAUACUCCUGUUACCUAUUUGAGAUAGCCAUUGCCAUAAUGUACCAGAUGGUCGAGGUUAACUGCGUGCCACCAAAUGAUGUAGGAGGAUACGUAUUAGCUGGUUAUCUCACCCAGAGAAAUAUCUCUAAGAACGACUGGGAUAUUUUAAAGGAGUGUGUUGCUGCCCGCUUCACUCAAAGCUUAGUACUGGGAGCAUACAGCCAUGAACAAGAAUCAGGAAAUGAUUACUUGCUAGUAACUGCUGCUAAAGGCUGGGAUGUACUCUCUAAGUUUUGGAAAACUCCAAAGGAAGAUAUUCUUAGUCGCUGGAAAGAUAUUAUCGACUCUUAUAAGGCCUAGAAAUCAGUCUGUGAACUGCAAACAAUGGUUAUAAGUUCAAAUUAGGUUAUCAUAUAGUACUCUUCUGCCAAAACUACUGAAGUGGCAAUUGUUGAGUUAGCUAAAUACACACCACUGUUAUAAAACAAAGAACUAUUUACAAGUACUGCAAUUCACAAAUGAAGAGGAAACUUUAGACGACGUCUUGGCCCAUCCUAACCCAUCGUCUAAAUUUUCCUUUACAAAUUGUGAGCUGUAAAUUGCUCCACCCUGUGUAUUGAC